CGGGAUGCUGCAAGCGCGGCGCACACGUCUUUGUCCACAAGCAAUAUGUCGUACUCUACAGACUCGACGUCGUCGGACUGGGCGCACUCGCUCGUUCUCACGCCGUCGAUGAGCACUGGGCCUGAGCUGGAGAUGGGCCACUCGCUGCCGGUCUCGUGCAGCGCGUCGGAGCGCGACGAGCAGACGCAUCCUGCAACGUCGCAAAGCGCCGGUGGAGGCGAGAACGGAGAGCGAAAGGUGACUGCGCUGCCGCGGGCGGGGCUUCUGGUCAUUUCCAUUGUGGUCCUCUCCGAGGCGUUCUCGAUCUCGAUGAUCUACCCGUUCUUGGCGCGGAUGGUGACCUCGUUUGGCGUGGCAGAGAGCCAAGCGCAGAUUGCGUUUUACUCGGGCAUUCUUGCGGCGUCGUUCAAUCUCUCGCAGUUUGCAUCUGCGUUUUUCUGGGGCCGCAUGUCGGACGCCCGCGGACGGCGGACGGUGCUCCUCAUCGGGCUUGCCGCGAACACGGUGACGAUCCUGCUGUUUGGCCUGGCCAAGACGUUCUGGUGGGCGGUGGUGGCGCGCGUGUUCAACGGGCUGGCUAACGGCAAUGUGGGUGUGGCCAAGUCGUACCUCCGCGAGAUCUCAGACGAGACGAAUGCAACCAAGGCGUACUCGCUUGUCGGCCUGGUGUGGGGCGUGGGGAUGGUGAUCGGGCCGGCAUUCGGCGGCAUGCUGGCCAACUUUGACGAGACCGUGCCGGCCGUCGGCGGGCGCGGCUCGCCUAUUUCCGAGUGGCCGUACCUGCUGCCGUGCAUCGUGUCAGCAGUGCUCAACGUGGUCGGCUUUGCCAUUGGAUGGAAGCAUCUGAUGACCACAGCACAGCUGCGAGCGCACCAGGCAUCGGCGGCGGUGGUGGUGACGGUAGAGACGCCAAGCGCGAGCAGCAGCGCGAACUCGUUGCUCACGUCCACCAGCACAUCAACGUCCGGGAUGACGGCCGAGGAAGAGCAGGAGGAGGUCGAUGCAGCAGGCGUGGCGCUUCUCUCAGUCCAGGCGCUGGAUCUGGACACGGUGCCUCUGGUCGAGCUGGCGGAGGAGAAAAAGACAGGCAGAGGGGCGCGCGACGAGGAGGCCGCAGGCGGCGAGGAGCGGCCGGAGCCGUUCCGGGUUGUGGCGCGACGGCUUGCUGGCAACGGCAACCUCAUUCUGACCGUAUGUGUGUAUGCCAUCCUCUCGUUUGCGGAUAUGCUGUACGACGAGACGUUCUCGAUCUGGGCUGUGCUCAACCCGAGUGAGGCCGGCGGCGCCGGGUACGGGUUCACGCAGAUGGAGCUUGCCGUAGUGUUUAUGGCGGCCGGGACGACGAUUGUGGUUGCACAAGGCAUCCUCAUGCCCAAGGCCAUUGCGCGGUUCGGGGUGCUCGCCUCGAUCCGGGCGUGCCUGUUCGGGACGGCGCCGCUUCUGGUGGCGUACCCGCUUCUGGGGCGGCUCCCGCCGGUCAUUUUCUGGGCUCUACUCCUGCUUGUGGCGCUUGUGCGCGCGACGCUUGUCUCGUCGGCUUUUACCGCCAUCAUCGUCAUGACCAACUCGUCCGUGGUGCCGGCCGAGCUGGGCGUGGCCAACGGUAUCGCCCAGUCGGGCGCGUCGCUCUCGCGGACGUGCGGUCCGUUUGUCGGCGGCGUCCUCCUUAUGUGGUCGCUUUCGGGCCCCAAGCCAUGGCCCAUCAACCAUCACUUGGUCUUUGUUCUCGGUUCCCUCCUUCACCUUGCCGCCGGCAUCCUCACCCUCUACAUCACGCCUGCCAUCAACACGCCGAUCACCGAGGUUGCCACCACUGCUGCCGGCGUCAUCACUGAUGCCGGCAGCCGGAAGAAGGGCACCCUGCGCCGCCGCUGGCUCUGGUGCGCCAGGCCGCGUCGCCAGGCGCAUGCCUACCAGUACACGGCGCCGCGCCGACCGCCGUCGUCGUGGGACGCAGAUCGCCUGGCGGAGCACAUGGCGCAUCUGGUGACGUUCCCUACGGUCUCGCGCAAGGUCGGCGAGGUGCCGGAAAAGAGUUCGCUCGACGCUAUGCACGCUUAUCUGCGGACAACCUUUCCGCGCGUCCACGAAGCGCUCGAGCGGUGGGAGAUCGGGGACUCGGGCUCGGUCGUCUUUGUGUGGCGCGGCUCGGAUGCCAAGCUCGCGCCGUACGUGCUCGCUGCGCAUCUCGACGUCGUGCCUGCGGACGAGCCGGAGGAGUGGUCGCAGCCGCCGUUUUCGGCGCUGUGACCCAGGACGGGUUUGUCUACGGCCGCGGAACCAUGGACAACAAGGUGAACGUGAUUGGGCAGCUCGAGGCCGUCGAGGCGCUGCUUGCCGAGGGCUUUGUGCCGCAGCGGACGAUGUACCUCGCCUACGGCGCGGACGAGGAGGUGUCGGGCACACGCGGAGCGGCGACCAUCGCCAAGGAGCUGCGUCGCGAGCUGGAUGAUGCCGGCCACGCCUCGAUGCUUUACGUCUCGGACGAGGGUCUUGCUGUUGCGCACGGGCUCAUUCCGGGCGUUCCGGUCGCCGCACUCAUUGGCAUCGCUGAAAAGGGCUUUGUCAACGUCCACAUGCAGAUUGAUCUCGAGGGCGGGCAUGCGUCGAUGCCGCGGCCUGGAUCCAACGCCAUCGGCGUCCUUUCGAAGGCCAUCGUCGCCCUCGACUCGUCGCCGUUCCCCGGCAAGCUCACCUCGGUCUCGCGCGCCAUGUUCGACACCCUCUGCCCUGAAAUGCCGUUCGGCCUCCGCCUCCUCGCGUGCAACCUCGCGUUUACCGACUGGAUCCUCGAGGCCAUCCUCUUGCGCAACUCGCCGGCGACGGCGGC